GUGACGUAAGCAGCUGUGGCACUUCCUCGUUUGUUUUCUGGGCUGAUGAACCGAAACCAGUCGCCCAAAUUCAGAAUGCAUCUGUCAAGGGUUGGAAUUUACAUGAAGAGGCGAAAGCGGGCCUGCUCUCGAGCUUGAUCAUUAUAGUCUUCCUCCAUCUGGCUGUCACUCUCUUUGCCUCUUCACAUCGGUGCUCAUUUCCUCUCCCUUCACCAACAUGCUGUGCUGGGGGAAUGCCAAGGAUGGGCAGUUGGGUAUUGGUGUGGAGAAGAACCCUGUGUUUGAGCCGAGGAAUUGUCAUGUGUUCAGUGGCAGGGGAAUGAAAGAGGUCGCCUGUGGAAGCCAACACUCUGUGUUUCUUAUGUAUGAUGGCAGUGUGUACACAUGUGGCUCUAACAGCUGGGGACAGCUGGGUCAUGACAAAGCAGGGACUUCCCCAGAGGUUGUUGGGGCUCUGGAUACCCAAAAGAUUGCGAUGGUGUCAUGCGGUCGGGGGCAUUCGAUGGCAGUGAAUGAACAGGGUCAACUGUUUGCCUGGGGAGCUGGUGAUGGGGGACAGCUGGGACUGGGGACCACAGAGACGACUGUUCGAAUUCCCAGGUUGGUCAAAAGACUGUGUGACCAUCGCAUCUCUCAAGUAAUGUGUGGGAAUCAGCACUGCAUCGCACUUUCUAGAGAUGGCCAGCUGUUCACAUGGGGCCAGAACACCAGCGGGCAGCUCGGGUUGGGGAAAGGAGAGCCCAGCAAGCUGUUCCCUCAUCCUCUAAAGUCUCUGGCAGGAAUUCCUUUGGCACAAAUAACGGCAGGAGGAGACCACAGUUUUGCCCUCUCAUUGUCUGGAGCUGUAUUUGGCUGGGGCAAAAACAGAGCUGGACAACUGGGCCUUAAUGAUAAACAAGAUCGUGCCGUCCCAUGCCACAUCAAAUUUUUGAGAUCUCAGAAAGUUGUUUACAUCAGCUGUGGAGAUGAACAUACAGCAGCCUUGACAAAGGAUGGCGGCUUGUUUACGUUUGGUGAUGGCUCGUGGGGUCAGCUGGGUCACGGCUCCACCAAUAGUGAGCUUUUACCUAGACGAGUGCUGGAGCUCAUGGGCACCGAGGUGUCCCAAAUCACCUGUGGCAGGCACCACACGUUGGCGUUCGUGCCUUCCUCUGGCGUGGUAUAUGCGUUUGGUUGUAACAGCCAUGGCCAGCUGGGAACAGGAAUACUGGGGGAUGCCAGAAGCCCAUUUCCUGUCAAGGCCAGUUUCCUGACUGGAAAAUUCCAUAGAAGAGAAUCAAAACAGUAUACCGUGACCAAAAUCAUCUGUGGAGGAGACCAUAGUUUCUUAUUGUACUCUAAUGAGCAGACCUCUGUCCCCUCGGAAGACUUCAGAGUGAUUAAUAUUGGCAAAAGUCUCUCACCAAUCAAUUAUGAAAGUUUGAAUUCGUUGAGGCUGAAACUGAUGUACAACACAGACUCUAGCAUCACAAAUGACGUCAUAGUUCAGCUGUCGUCGACGGCGUGCUGGAAUGCCAGCUUCUUGGACCAAAGUGAUGAUACCCAUUUCAAAACCAACCCAAAGAUCCCAGGCAUCGAUCUCAACUCUGUCAGAAUGCUGUUUGAGACUCUGAGCAAACCAGCUUUCUCUGAACUCAUGGAGCAGGCCACCAAGAGUUUUGAGAGCCUGCUGAUCCCUCAGCUGCCACGCUCCCCUCCUGAUGUCGAGGCCAUGAGGAUCUACCUCAUCUUGUCAGAGUACCCGGCCCUGCAGGACUCCAAAAACUACAUCCGCCUCACUAUACCCCUAGCAAUGGCUAUUCUGCGGCUAGAUGCCAACCCCAGCAAAGUAUUGGACAACUGGUGGUGUAUCGUGGAUGGCAGCGUGUUCACCCGAAUGGUCGACAUGUACAAGAGCAUUGUUGUCUUUAUGCUAACAGGAGGCAAGACGGUGCUCGUGCCCAUGUUCUAUGAGAACUAUUUUCUUGCAACUCUUCGGCUGCUGGAAAAGCUCCACAAGGUAAACUUGAAGGCACAACACGUGGAGUACAACCGCUUUUACAUCCCAGACAUCACCAGCCUCGUGGACAUCCAGGAAGACUACCUCAAAUGGUUUCUGAGUAAAGCUGAGAUUAAAGUGGGAUCAUCCCCUUCACAGAGUGACUUUCCCGCAGUAAACCUAUGUGCCUACCCGUUCAUACUGAACGCAAAAGCCAAGACAACCAUGCUGCAAACUGAUGCUGAACUGCAAAUGCAGAUGGCAGUAAGCGGUGCAAACCUACACAAUGUCUUUAUGCUGCUCACACUGGAACCCCACCUCGCUAGGAACCCUUACCUGGUGCUCCAUGUGCGCAGGAGCCAUUUAGUAAGCGACACACUACGCGAGCUCACCAUGUACUCUGACGUGGACCUCAAGAAACCACUCAAGGUGAUCUUUGAUGGAGAGGAGGCCGUAGACGCAGGCGGCGUAACUAAAGAGUUCUUCCUGCUGCUGUUGAAGGAGCUGAUGGAUCCCGUGUACGGGAUGUUCACUCAUUACAAAGAGUCCAACCUGCUCUGGUUCUCAGAUAAAUGUUUUGUAGAGCAGAACUGGUUCCACCUGAUCGGGAUCAUCUGCGGUCUGGCCAUCUAUAACGCCACAGUGGUGGACCUCCACUUCCCCCUGGCUCUCUACAAGAAGCUGCUCGAGGUGUCACCCACGCUGGAGGACUUCAAAGAGCUCUCACCCACCGAAGCCCGGAGUUUACAACAGCUUUUAGACUAUGAAGGAAGUGACGUGGAGGAGACGUUUCUUCUCAACUUUGCUAUCACCAGGGAGAACUACGGGAUGACAGAAGUCAAGGAGCUGAUUCCCGGAGGAGAGAGCGUCGCUGUGGACAAAAACAACAGGAAGGAGUUUGUGGAGGCCUACCUGCGCUACGUGUUCUCAGACUCGGUGGGGGAGCAGUACUCUGCCUUCUCCGCUGGUUUCCUGAAGGUGUGUGGUGGUGAGAUCCUGUCUCUGUUCCAGCCCUCCGAGCUGAUGGCCAUGGUGGUCGGCAAUAAUAACUACAACUGGGAGGAGAUGGAGAAGAACGCCGUUUAUAAGGGGGAGUACACCGCCACUCAUCCAACAGUCAGAUUGUUCUGGGAGGUUUUCCACGAGUUCCCUCUGGAAAAGAAGAAGCAGUUCUUGUUGUUCCUGACCGGUAGUGACCGCAUUCCCAUCCACGGCAUGGAGAGCCUGCGCAUCAUCAUCCAGUCUACCACAGCAGAGGAGCACUACCUGCCCGUGGCCCACACAUGCUACAACCUGCUGGACAUGCCCCGCUACCAGACCAAAGAGAUCCUGCGCCGCCGCCUCACUCAAGCCGUGGAGCAGUACGAGGGCUUCAGCCUGGUCUGAGGGGAGUCCCAGGGGAGACUUAACGCACUUUAACAGCAAUACACCCCCACGUGAGUGUCAAGAGUGUGAGUGGGCAAUUGUUGGACACAGGAGGGUCACUCUGUUUAUAUAUGGUCUAACAAGAUCGUUAAGCAUCUUGAAUCUUAAAGGUCUAUGUAUGUAAAUGCAGAGUGUUAUUGCUUUUUUGCUUUGGGCAAAGUUCCUCAGCCUUCCAGGACCAUUUAGAGGAGAAUCAAAUGACUGAUAGAUAACAGCCAACAUGGAAAUUAACCAAAAAAGCACUAAAUGGACUAAAAUGUGCAGAACGACCCUGGAUUAUGAAAACUUCGGGACCUAAAAACCAGGACCAGAGAAGGUUGAGAAACUCUUAAUUUCUUUUUGCUUUGUUUUGUUUGCAAAGCUGUGUAUUUUAUAUUCCUUAAAUUCUAUUUUUAAUCAUUAAAGAAUCAUGUUAUUACCUUGA